GGUCCAGCUCCGCCGUUGAUGAUGUUGUUCUUGGGCUCAGGGCCCAUCACGGUGCCUGCCCCAGUGAGAAUCCAUCUCGCGACAACCAGAGACACGCCAGAAUGGAGGUCCUGAAGGAAAAAGUGGAGGAGGAGGAGGCAGCCGAGCGGGAGGCAGAGGCUGAGCGGGCAGAGAAGGGCGAGAAGGUGACGAGGCCGUCGGAGGUGCGGAAGGAGGAGCCCACCAUGACGCCGGAGAUGCUCCGAGAUCUGGAGAAGCAGCUGUCAGACAUUGAGAUUGCCGUCCCAGAGAAGCCCGCGAUCGUUACCAAGGACACUAUUGACAUCUUCAAGCUGCCCUGGUCCUACAGAAGCAACACACCCAAAGAGGAACACCUGCUGCAGGUGGCAGACAACUUCUCCCGCCAGUAUAGCCACCUGUGCCCGGACCGCGUGCCCCUCUUCCUGUACCCACUGAACGAGUGUGAAGUGCCUAAGUUUGUGAGCACAACCAUCCGGCCCACACUGAUGCCCUACCCUGAGCUCUACAACUGGGACAGCUGUGCCCAGUUCGUUGCAGACUUUCUGGCCAUGGAAGCCCUGUCUGAACCUCUCAAGCCGCCCUCGCACCUGUACUCCCCGACCACGGUGCUCAAGUACCAGAGGGGCAACUGCUUCGACUUCAGCACGCUGCUCUGCUCCAUGCUCAUCGGCGCUGGCUACGACGCCUACUGCAUCAACGGCUACGGCUCGCAGGACCUGUGCCUCAUGGACCUGACGCGGGAGCUGUGCCCGCUCACCGUGAAGCCCAAGAAGACAGUCCAGGAGAAGGAAGUGGCACCACCUAAGAAGUAUGCCGUCAAACCCCCCAGGGACCUGACCAGCAGGUUUGAGCAGGAGCAGGAGAUGAAGAAGCAGAAAGAGAUCAAAGCUGAGGAGGAGAAGCAGCUGAGGGAGGAAGUGGAGCGCCUCCAGGAGGCGGAGAAUGCGAACAUCGACCCCCUGCACGGCCUGCGGGUGCACUCUUGGGUGCUGGUGUUGUCGGGAAAGCGCGAGGUUCCUGAGAGCUUUUUCAUUGACCCGUUCACGGCUCGUAGCUAUAGCACCCAGGACAACCACUUCCUGGGCAUCGAGAGUCUCUGGAACCACAAGAACUACUGGGUCAACAUGCAGGACUGUUGGAACUGCUGCAAGGACUUGGUCUUUGACCUAGGAGACCCUGUGAGGUGGGAGUACAUGCUUUUGGGGACCGAUAAGCCUCACCUGUCCAUGACUGAGGAAGACGAGGAUGGCUUGAAUGAUGACGAUGAUGUCCUGAACGAUGACGAUGAUGUGGACAAUCUGGGCAAAGAAGAAGAGGAUAAAAGCUUUGACAUGCCGCACUCGUGGGUGGAGCAGAUCGAGAUCUCCCCAGAGGCGUUUGAGACCCGCUGCCCAAAUGGGAAGAAGGUGAUACAGUACAAGAGGGCCAAGCUGGAGAAGUGGGCUCCGUACCUCAACAGCAACGGCCUCAUGUGCCGCCUCAGCACCUACGAGGACUUGGAGUGUACCAAGAUUUUGGAGAUAAAGGAGUGGUACAAGAACCGGGAGGACAUGCUAGAGCUGAAGCAGAUAAACAAGGUCACAGGCCUGAACACUGACUACUUCAAGCCGGGUCACCCCCAGGCUCUGCGUGUGCACUCAUACAUGUCCAUGCAACCGGAGAGGGAGCGCAGCAUGGAGUUCUACGGAACGGCUCGGGGGGACGGCCUCAUAAAGCGGGAGGAGACGACCACGACGAUGACGGAAUACUAUCAAGGCCGGCCCGACUUCCUCUCCCACCGCCAUGUCAUUUUUGGGCCCAGGGUCAAGAAGUUCACUGUGAACAGUGCAGAGUCAAACCCCCGGCCCAUGGUGAAAAUCACAGAGCGGUUCUUCCGCAACCCCGCAAAGCCUGCGGAUGAGGACGUGGAGGAGAGAGUGUUUCUGAUUUUGGAGGAGCGGAUCCAGCUGCGCUACCACUGCCGCGAAGAUCACAUCACGGCCUCCAAGCGCGAGUUCCUGCGCCGCAUGGAGGUGGACAGCAAGGGCAACAAGAUCAUCAUGACUCCCGAAAUGUGUAUUAGCUUUGAGGUGGAGCCCAUGGAGCACACCAAGAAACUUCUCUACCAGUAUGAGACCAUGAUACAGCUGAAGAAUGAGGAGAAGUUGUCCAGACAUCAGGUCUGGGAAUCGGAGCUGGAGGUGCUGGAGAUCCUGAAGCUUCUAGAGGAAGAGGAGGAGGCACACACGCUGAAAAUCUCCAUCUAUGACACAAAGCGCAAUGAGAAGAGCAAGGAGUACCGGGAGACCAUGGAGCGAGUGAUGCACGAGGAGCACUUGCGGCAGGUGGAGGCCCAGCUGGACUACCUGGCCCCGUUCCUGGCACAGCUACCCCCAGGAGAGAAGCUGACACGCUGGCAGGCCAUGCACCUCAAGGAUGAGUGCCUCAGUGACUUCAAGCAGCGGCUCAUUGAUAAGGCCAACCUUAUCCAGGCCCGUUUCGAAAAGGAGACCCAGGAGCUGCAGAAGAAGCAGCAGUGGUACCAAGAGAACCAGGUGACCUUGACGACCGAGGACGAAGACUUGUACCUGAGUUAUUGUUCUCAGGCCAUGUUCCGCAUCCGCAUCCUGGAACAGCGGCUUAAUCGACACAAGGAGCUGGCCCCGCUGAAGUACUUGGCUCUGGAGGAAAAGCUCUACAAGGACCCACGCCUGGCAGAGCUCCUGAAAGUCUUUGCUUGAUGCCUCUCCUGGGGCUUCAGCCUAAACUGCCAGAGAAAGAAACCUCCCCACAGCUCAGCCUCUGUAUUCCCUACACCCAGCUAAUGACCGCGGACUCAGGUACCUGGCCUCGCUGCCACUCCACCUCCCUGCAGCCCUGCCUGUUCCUGCUUCUCAUGCGUUUAUUUUCCUGUAAAUAAACACACUUUUAAUUUGCAA